AUGAUAAAAAUAAUAUUCGAUUGUAAUAAUUAUAUCAUUGUGAACAAACCAUUUGGAGUAUUUUCUCAACCUGGUGAUCUCGGUGCAUGGUUUUUAAAGAAUCCCAAUAGCAAAGCUGGUCCUCGUGUUUUAUUGGACGAAGUACCCAAUACGUUUUCACGCAAUGUACAAUCAUUUGAUAAAUUAAGGACAGUUAACAGAUUAGAUGCAUGUGUUACUGGUGGUAUGCUAUUAGCCAAGAACAAAAAUGCUGCUGAGAUGUUCUCGAGAAAUUUAAGAAAGGGAGGUAAUUCAGGAUUCCAAAUCAGUAGGAGAUAUGUAGCAUUACUAGAUACCAACCAAAUCGAUGACUUCCAAGCACUAAGAGAAAGUGGAACAAUGAUUUCUGAUGAUAUGGUGUCCAAAUAUAAACGACUUGACGAACAAUGCAUUUUACUGGAGUUAGUGACUGGGAAAAAGCAUCAAUUGAGAAAACAGUUAGCCAGUAUUUUAAAGCAACCUAUUCUUAACGAUUGUAAAAAUGGAGGUUUGAGGAUACCCGAAGUCGAUGAGAACCAAAUUGCUUUACAUUCAGCCUUUAUUAAAACAAAGGUAGGAUUACAAGAAAGAAAGCACUUAAUCCCGAUGACAUUUGAUAAUAAUGGUAAUUUAUGGCUACGGAAAUACUGUGAUGCCAAGGGCCAUUUUUCUCCUGAGAUUAUUCGACUACUGGAUGAGGGUUGGUGA